AUGAUCUCCCCACAAAAACCAACCAGUAAAAUAGAAUUAAGAUUCUCCUGUAAAAAAUUAAAAGAUUUAGAUGUUCUUAGUAAAUCAGACCCAAGAGUAUCUGUAUUCUUAAAGGAUAUAAAUACUGGCCAUUAUAAUAUUGUUGGCAAAACUGAAACUAUUCAAAAUAACUUAAAUCCAAUUUUUCAAACUCCAGUAGCUGUUGAUUUUCGUUUUGAAGAAGUUCAACAUCUUAGAAUUGAUGUACAUGAUGUAGAUAAAAAUGAUGAAGAUUUCAUCGGUAGCGUUAGUUGUACUUUAACAUCAAUUUUAUCGAAACCAGGUCAAACAUCAACUAUGGAGUUAAAAACUAAAGACGGUAAAAAGGCUGGAACAAUUACUGUUGUUUCUGAAGAAAUUAAAAACUCAUUACAAACUAUCAAAUUCACAUUAGUUGGUACCAAGUUUGAUAAAAAAGAUUUAAUUGGUAAAUCUGAUCCAUUCUUUAUUCUUUCAAAAAGAUCACCCAAUGGAGAGUUUGUUAAAAUUUAUGAAUCUCCAGUUCAAAAGAAUACAUUAAACCCAGUGUUCUCUAAUUUCAGUAUGAAGCUCGAUGAAUUUUGUAACAGUGAUUUAGAUAGAGAAAUGAAAUUCGAAUUUUAUGAUUGGGAUAGAUUUGGUAAAAAUGAUGUUAUUGGCGAAUAUAUUACUACUACAAACGAAUUAUUAAAACCAAAUCAAACAUAUAAUGUAAUUAACCACCAUAAAAAACAGAAAAAGAGCGAUUAUAAAAACAGUGGUACCGUUCAAGUUACCGAUUGCAUCAUUGAAAGAGAAUAUCAAUUCUUAGAAUAUAUUAUAGGUGGAUGUCAAAUGAACCUAAUCGUUGGUAUCGAUUGUACUGCCUCCAAUGGUGAUCCAAAUUUAAAUACAAGUUUACAUUAUAAACAUCCAACCAUUCCAAAUCAAUAUGCAAAUGCAAUCGUAUCCAUUGGAAAUGUUUUAAUGCCAUAUAGUUCAUCACCAUUAGUCCCAACAUAUGGUUUCGGUGGUAUUAUCCCAGGCCAAAACCAAGUUUCACAUUGUUUCCCAAUGUCAUUAGAUCCAGCCAACUAUUUAUGUAAUGGGGUUGGCGGUAUUUUGGAUUGCUAUUAUCAAAAUAUCAAUAAAGUUCAAUUACAUGGCCCAACUUACUUUGCACCAUUGAUCAAUAUGGCAGCUAGAUAUGCAUCACAAGGCCAAUCUCAAAGCAAUCAAAAAUAUACAAUCUUAUUGAUUAUUACUGAUGGUGAAAUUCUUGAUGCUGAAAACACAAUUGAUGCAAUUGUUAAAGCAUCACAUCUUCCACUUUCAAUUAUCAUUGUCGGUGUUGGAAAUGCUGACUUUACCAAUAUGAAUAUUUUGGAUGGUGAUGAUGCAGUUCUUCAAAGCGGUGGUGUAAAAGCAGAAAGAGAUAUUGUACAAUUUGUCCCAAUGAGAGAUUUUAAUGGUAAACCUUUCGAGCUUUUAGCCUCUGAAGUUUUACGUGAAGUACCAACUCAAUUCCUUUCAUUUGCAAAGAAAUAUAAAUUUAGACCAAACCCACCACCACAACAACCAACUCCAUCACCACAACCAACCCCAUCGCCACAACAACCAACUCCAUCAUCAAACCCACCACCACAACAAUCACCUCAAACAUCCUCACCACCAACAACUGCAGUAAAUCUUAACAAAUAUUAA